AUGAAGAGCACACAUUUGUCUUUGCCUGAUGAAUUCAAGGAACCAAUAUCUCCGGGAUCUUCUCACCGGAAACAAAACAAGGAGGUCACUAAGACAUGUUUGCCGGAGAGCAUUACGAGUCACCGGAAUAUUCAAGAGCAGCCGGAGAAGACUACGGUGUUGUCGGGACAUGAUAGGCUAAAACGACACCGAGAAGAAGUUGCCGGAAAAGUUCCAAUACCAGAGAGCUGGGGAAAAGAAGGAUUGCUUAUGGGGUGGAUGGAUUUCUCUGCCUUCGACGCUUCUUUUACGUAUAGUCAGAUUGUUUCUGCUCGAGCUGCGUUAAUGGCUGACGCCGGAGAUGACGUCGGAGCUAGAGGAAGUCGGACUCAACGGCUCCGAAUUGAAAGUUCUUGUUGA